AUGAGCAGCACCAAUCCCAACUCGCGCUUCAUCUCGGAAGCCGCCAUUGAAGAAUCCCGCAAAGAGCGCGAAUCCGCCUGGCAAAAGGCCUACGACUCCCACCAACGGCCGCCACCAAGCGACGCCUCGUACGACACGCGCACACUCUACGAGCGGCUGCAGGAGCAGCGGCGGCUCAAAGACGACACCCUCGCCGAGUCCCGCCGCUUCGCCAACCAAAUUCGCAAACUCGACCCCGAAGAAACAGAGUUUCUCGAAACCGUAGAUGACGAGGAACGCGAGAAAACCGAAACUCAGAAAAGAGCCGAAUUGGCCGCGUUGGCUGCCUUCAGAGAGGAGGUCGUGGAGAGCCAGAGGGAGCGCCCAAAGAGGAAACAGUCGAGUGGGCCUGUGAGCGCUGUAAGGGGAAGCCUGUUGGAUAAAAUCCGUGGCGUGGUUGUGAGGCCGGCUUCUGCCUUUGAGAAGAACCCAGAGAGUGCUUGUGGUGUGGAGCAUGGGAACAAGAAAAAGAAAUUGCGCCUGGGAUGUGAUGGCGUUAAAGAUAAUGAUGACGGCGAUGAUAAGGAAUUGAAUCCCCUCGGGUUGUUGGCAUCUUACGGCAGUGACAGUGAUGGUGACAGUGACAGCGACAGUGGCAGCGAUACCGGCAGCGGCAGCGCAGAAUAG